GUCUCGAGUAUUUUUAAAGUCUUUUGCAAAAAAGGAAUUGUGAGAAAUAAAUUUGUGAAUUUAGAGCGAACUUGAAAUUGUGGACGCUUGCCAACAAGAGCUGCCCAUAGACUGUGCGGCAACCCUCCUCUCCAGAUUUGUACAACUUGCCGAUGUUUUCAUUUUUGCCAGUGGAGUAUCAUUCACUGAGCUGGAGCAGGAGAAGAAUAUGCCAUCAGGAGGAGUUCUACGUCAGUCUUUGCGUCUCAUUGCUACAGCAUCUGUCAGACAUAUCCUGACAGCUCGAGUGUUACGUCCUGACAGCAGUGGACAUGCUUUUGAGCCACAUGCUAACCCGAAAAAUGAAGCAAUCUAUGAGUUUGUUAGGGGAGCCAUAGAAUCGCAAGCCAAAGAAGGGAUAACGGAUUUGGAUCAUCUCUUGCAAGAUGUAGAUUUACAGCGAAUUAAAGGAGUUGUAUAUCGGGACAUGGUGGAAGAGAACCGUCAAGCACAGUUUCUUGCCUUGGCAGUGGUUUACCUGCUUUCAGUACUUAUGGUAUCUCGGUACAGAGAUAUACUAGAGCCACCCGUGACUCCAAGCCCGUUCUUCAACUCGACAAAUGGUGGUCGGUUUUUGUGCUUUUAUGUUGUUUGGUAUCCUCAAUUUGUUUUCGUUUACUUACGAGACUGGAAUAAUUUUUUCUGUUUCGUACACCGUAUACUAAAAUAG